GGAGUAAACCUCAUUCCUAUCUCGAUUCGCGGAAUGACGAUUAUUGGAUAGGGGUGUGCCGGAAUCAGACGACGAUGCCAGUGGACUUGGCGAAGGGCAAUGAAAUAAAAGAUCUUGAGUGGACCAGGAGAAAUAUGCAUCCCAAGAAUCUUUUCAGUCUGCCAGUUCGAUUUCAUUCAAUCAUCGGUCCAAAUCUUGUAUGCACAACAUGAAUUUCCCCAAGAAACACGCUGUUUUCGAUGUGGUCGGCACCUGUGUGUCAUUCGACUUCUUUCUCGACACCAUCGAACAAGUUCUCGGCCCUCGACUGCGAGCACAUGACGUAUCGGCCAAGAUAUUCGGUUUUGCAUGGAUGCAAGCUGCCGAGCUCGAAUCUCUAAUGCUACACAUGUCCCAGCGGUGCGUGCCAUACAAGGAAGUUUUCAAGGCGCUCUUUUACCGCGUGUUAUAUAUGUCCGGGAUCCAAGACCCCAGAUCUUUCGCGAGCGACGAGGAAAGAGACACAUGUCACGAUGCAUAUUCAAAGCUGGAACUUCGCCCGGACUGCCGCGCCAUGAUGGAAAAGUUACGGAAUAAUGGUUUCACCGUCUGGUGCUUGACCACCGGCGACACAGAAAGAGUCGGCGGCUACUUUAAGCGUGCCGGCUUUGAAAUGCCCGCCGAAAACCUCGUCAGUUGCCAUCAGUUCAUGAAGCAUGAAUCCGCAUUGGAGUCUCCGCUUGCUAUGGUCAAACCUUCGAUGGGAUCCUACCAGCCCAUGCUGGAUAAGUUCGCUGCUGAGGAUCAAAAGUGGUUCGUGGCGGCGCAUAUGUGGGAUGUGAGCGCAGCUGUUAAAGCUGGCUUCCGUGGCGCUUACUGCUCGAUCUAUGAGAAGGAGUCGUGUAUUGACAUAUUUGAUACUAAGAUGGAUGUCAUGGCUGAUACUUUGCUCGAAAUGGCUGACAAGAUGAUUGAUGCUUCCAAGCUUCCUGAUUGUGAAAUUCUAUCUGUACUUUAG